GCAAGACAAUUUCAUUCAAGACUUCAAUUAUUUAACAAUGGCAUACUACUGGACUAAUUGUUUUGUGAUUUUGUUAUUUCUAAUAACAUAUACAUAUUCGGCGAAGAACUACAGCUUAGCUUUACAGAAGUCUAUUCUGUUUUAUGAUGCACAAAGGUCCGGCAAGCUACCGGCCAACAAUCCUAUCCCCUGGAGGGGAGAUGCAGCACUGACUGACUGUGUGGUAGGCGGGUGGUUCGACAAUGGAGACCAGACCAAGUUUGGACUGCCCAUGUCUUCAGCAGCAACUCUACUUCUGUGGGGGCUGAACAGAUUUAAAGACGGCUACGCCCUAUCUGGCCAGACCAGCGCCAUGUUGGAUUCUAUAAAAUGGCCGCUGGACUACUUCCUGAAGGCGUGGAACCCAAUAAGUGAGACUCUAGUUGUUCAGAUUGGUGACCCUGAGACUGACCACAGCUGGUGGGGUCGACCCGAGGAUAUGACCAUGUACAGGCCAUGUCUGGUUGUCAACGCAACAAUUAAGGGUAGCGAUAUAGCUGCUGGUACAGCCGCGGCCUUGGCUGCUGGCUCCAUAGUCUUCUUGGACAAUGGUGACGCAGACUACAGCCAAGAACUGCUGACAGCAGCCGAAAGCUUAUACAGCUUUGCUAAAGCUAAUAGGGGCGUUUUCAAGACUGCUGGAAACUUCUAUACGUCCACAGCUGACCGAGACGAGCUGUGUGAAGCAAGUAUCUGGUUGUACAAAGCCACACGCCAGACUUCUUACCUGAAUGACGCCAAGUCUUUCUCUGAUGCCUACUCCUGGGGAUUUACCUGGGACGAUAAGACAGCUGCCUGCCUACAACUUCUGUAUGAAGAGACCCAAGACCCUCAGUACAGAAAUUCCCUGGUCAGUUUCAUCAACAGCUUUUUGCCAGGCGGUGACGUGACUUACACACCUUGUGGACUGGCCUGGAGGAGCAAAUGGAGCCCUAAUAGAUUUUCUGCGAAUGUAGCGUUUCUGGCCCUGGUGGCUGCUGAGACCGGGGUUGAAGCUGCAAGGUACAGGACGUGGGCUGUGCAGCAAAUCAACUACUUCCUAGGAGACAACAACCACACUGGCGGGUGCUUUAGUUUCCAAGUCGGGUAUGGCUCUAAGUACCCAACACAGCCUCAUCACAGGGCAGCGUCGUGUCCUGACCGGCCCGCUCCUUGUGGCUGGAAUGAGUACAACGCACAAACUCCAAACCCUCACGUGUUGGAAGGCGCACUGGUCGGUGGUCCCGACGCGGACGACGCCUAUGUGGACUUACGAUCUGACUAUGUCCACAACGAGGUCGCCACGGACAUCAAUGCGGGUUUUCAGGGUGCACUUGCUGGCAUUGUCCAUCUCCAGGCCACAAAUUCAUUGCCAGUGACAAAUAAUGCAUGUCCAUGUAAAAGCUAAUAAAAGUAACUAAAGUAAAAUA